GGUGGUGGUGGUGGUGGAGGAGGAGGUGCGAGCAGUCGGGCAGCAGUCGUCGCCACUGCGCGUCGCUCGACAUGUUGCAGCAGCAGCCUCUGACGGCCAACGGGGCCUCCAACGGCCGGGGCCUCGCCAUGAGCGGCCACCCGGGGAUGGCGGCCCUCGGCGCGGCGCACCAAGCCCCGCAGCACCGCUCCGACGGAGGCGAGUCGGGCCUCGACGCCGCGGAGAACGGACACGAAGCCCGCCGAGACAUCGGCGACAUCCUGCAGCAAAUAAUGACCAUCACUGACCAAAGUUUGGACGAGGCGCAGGCAAAGAAACAUGCACUCAACUGCCACCGAAUGAAGCCCGCAUUGUUCAGCGUUUUGUGUGAGAUCAAGGAGAAGACAGGCCUGUCCAUGAGGAACAACCAGGAGGAGGAGCCCCAGGACCCCCAGCUGGUGCGAUUGGACAAUAUGCUGCUGGCGGAGGGUGUGGCCGGGCCCGAGAAGGGGGGCGGAGCCGCCGCAGCCGUGUCGGCGGCCACCAGCUCGGGCGGGAUGUCGCCCGACAGCUCCCUGGAGCACUCGGACUACAAAAGCAAGUUGAGCCAGAUUCGCAGCAUCUACCACACCGAGCUGGAGAAGUAUGAGCAGGCGUGCACGGAGUUCACCACCCAUGUGAUGAACCUGCUGAGGGAGCAGUCGCGCACGCGGCCCGUCACCCCGCGGGAGAUCGAGCGCAUGGUGGCCAUCAUCCACCGCAAGUUCAGCUCCAUCCAGACGCAGCUCAAGCAGAGCACUUGCGAGGCCGUCAUGAUCCUCAGGUCCCGCUUCCUGGAUGCCAGGCGUAAGAGACGUAACUUCAGCAAGCAGGCCACGGAGGUCCUGAAUGAGUACUUCUACUCGCACCUCUCCAACCCCUACCCCAGUGAAGAAGCCAAAGAAGAACUUGCCAAAAGUUGCGGAAUCACCGUCUCUCAGGUCUCCAACUGGUUUGGCAACAAGAGAAUCCGCUACAAGAAAAACAUCGGCAAAUUCCAGGAAGAGGCCAACCUGUACGCUAUGAAGACGGCUCUAGGGGCACGGCAGGGCGACGACUCGCCACACACUCCCAACUCCACAGGGUCGGGGUCCUUCUCGCUGUCGGGGUCCGCUGAUCUGUUCCUUGGUGUCCCGCCUGUCAACGGCGAGCAGUCGGCUUACCAAAUGGGAGUGCAGGCUAACGGAAACUGGCAAAGCCGCGGCGGCACGCCCCCGCCUGGUGCCUCCCCCAACAGCGACCAAUCGGACAACUCGGACUGAUCUGCCAGCCACACCCCUCCCCCAUCCUUUCCGUUACUCCCCCCCACCAUCCUCGCCGGUCGGCGUGAGAAUAACGACAAAAAGAUUGACGGAGCGGGAAAGACAGAAAGAAUGAUAUCACACUCCCCCCCCCCCCCCCCCCCCACUGGGCUGAUGUUGCUUUUUAUGCUGUUUGAUUUUUGAUAAGAUGCGUUCUUUUUCUUUUUCUGUCCACUUUGCUCUGGUGGUUGUUUUGCUGUUUGGGCCAUCAGCUGAGUGAACGCGUGUCGUGUGCGUGCUGAUUUCAUUCUACCAUCAGUCAGCAGGGGGGCGUGGCUAUCCUCCGCAUCAGUGCUUCUCAACUGGUUUGGCUGCAGAACAUAACCUAGCGCUCAUUUCCAUUGAAAAUCCCUGCAUUUGCUAUUUGACAGGGCGCUUUCAAACAGAUGCAAAUAUGACGAUGAAAUGGACAACUAAAAUGCACAUUGCACUUACACGGCUGGUACUUUCUACGCCUCAACAACAGACGUUCAAAGACGUCGCUGCAUCAAGAAAUCUCUCACAGGAAAAUUAGUUUCUGGGGGUUUUUCUUCUUUGGUCCACUUUCCCAGGCAAAGAGACCGACUCCGGGUAGCAACCCACCAGUUGAGAAUGACUGCACGACAUGUUAUUGAGUGUGUGUGUGUGUGUGUGUGUGUGUGUGCAGUAUGUAUGGCGAUUAUUAUUAUUUGAAGCACACUAUAUGGGUUAUAUUGCUGUUUUAUGACUAAAAGUAGUACAUUGGAAGAGAGCGAAAGAGGAUGCAUUUAGUAGCGAGUGAGAGGCCAGUAGAGAAAAUCCAAAGACUUUGUAUGUUUGUUUCUCUGUCUUUUGCGCUUUUGUUCUUUACUUACAGGCCGCUGAUGUGAAUGAGUGAGUUCAUAGUCAUGGUUUGGAUGAAAGUGUUGUCUUUUUUGUGUACAGUGAAACACCUGUAUUCUCUCUACCUCUUUUACAAUAAAGACUCUCUGUAUUCACAA